GUUGCUGUCCUAUAUAUAAAUCACAGAUAUGCAACGAAAUUACGCGCACAAAAAGAAAAAUAAAACCUCUAAACAGUGAGUUAUGGAAAGCAUGAGCUCUGCUUCAGUAUUAUCCCAACAAAGGUUGGCAGGGAAGGUGGCUAUCAUAACUGGUGGAGCAAGUGGAAUUGGAGCAAGUACAGUAAAACUAUUCCAUGAAAAUGGGGCCAAAGUUGUAAUUGCAGAUAUUCAAGACAAUUUAGGAGAAGCCAUUGUUAGUAAGCUUGGUGGUAAUAACAUCUCCUACAUGCAUUGUGAUGUUGGAAAGGAAGAUGGCAUCAUCAAUCUUAUUGAUACCACAAUUUCCAAAUAUGGAGAACUUGAUAUUAUGUAUAAUAAUGCAGGAAUUAUAGAUAAGCCAUUUGGUAGCAUUUUGGAUAGUACAAAAUUAGAAUUAGACAGAUUACUUAGCGUAAACUUGAUUGGUGCAUUUCUUGGAGCCAAACACGCAGCUAGGGUUAUGAUCCCACAAGGUAAAGGUGUUAUAUUGUUCACUUCUAGUGCUUGCACUGCAACUGCAGGAGUUUCAACAAACACAUAUGCGAUUACAAAAUAUGGGAUUUGGGGCCUUGCAAAAAAUUUGGCAGCUGAAUUAGGGCAACAUGGGAUAAGAGUGAACUGUGUUUCGCCUUUUGCGGUGGCGACCGCCAUAGGUGGUGGAGAGAUUUCUGAAGAAGGAAAAGGUAUAUUUGAAGAAGUAAUGGGUGCAGUUGGUAAUCUUAAAGGGCAGAUUUUGAAGGCAGAGGAUGUGGCAAAGGCUGCAUUGUUUUUGGCUAGUGAUGAAGCCAAUUAUGUGAGUGGACUUAACCUUUUGGUGGAUGGAGGGUAUAGUGUUGUUAAUCCUACUAUGAGAAAUGUUUUAUUCCCUUCCAACUUAUGAGAAAUGCUUUUCUAGUAAGAUGUUAUUAAAAAACUCGUGAGAUGUUUCUAAUAAGAUAUUAUAAUGUAAGAAGUUUAAUCAAAUAAAAACUUAUUGAUAUC